AAUAAUGUUUAUACGAGAUAAUUAAAUAGUGCCAGUGUUUUGUGGGACAUAGGUACUCGUACUAUUUGGACUUAAUUAAAUGUGACUUAUUAAAGUGUAAAUAAUAUGAAGCUUAAUUUAAUACAAAUAAAUGGAAGGACGCGGCAAGUGUUAAUAGCAACAUGUAUGUACCUAGGACAGCUAGUGGUAGGCUUUUCGGUGGCAUGGUCUGGAGUGAUUUUACCUAAAUUGCAAGACAGUGAUCAAUCACCACUAAGUGAACUACCAACAGAGGCGCAGUUUUCUUUGGUUGCUUCUAUAUUAUAUGUGGGAUGUAUAGCAGGUCCAUACAUAGCUGGAUGGCUAUCAAACAUCAAAGGGCGGAAGCCGUGUCUGUUUUCUGGCGGGGUUAUAACCGCUGUAUCGUUUUUAAUUCUGGCAUUAAGUACAAAUCUGGCGAUGUUGUUAUGUACCAGAGUUUUGUGUGGUAUUGGAGCUAGUAUCGUUGCAGUGAUGAACCUGGUCUAUAUUGGAGAAAUUGCAUCUACAAACAUCAGAGGCACCCUUCUAACAAUAUUGGGAAUAUUUCACACAAUCGGUGCCGUAAUUCUGUAUACCGCGAGCUAUUUUUUUUCAUAUUCCGGGACAAAUUAUGUUGGUCUAGCAUGCUGCAUGGCUUUUACACUGACUACCCUUUUGAUACCAGAAUCUCCAUUAUUUCAUAUUUUAGAAGGUAAAGAUGCCGCGGUUAUAAAAACGCUACAUGAUCUAGGCAGAAGCGAAGACAUAUACAAAAUGUUGGCAGCAAAAAAAGAAUUCAAAAAUAAUACUGCCAAAAAAGACUGGAUUGAACUGUUUAGCCUCAAAGGCAAUAGAAAAGCACUAUCCAUUGUUCUUACUAUGAGCGUAUUUCAACACUGCAGUGGGGUUAUGGCUGUAGUGUUUUUUGCUGGGACAAUUUUCAAAAUGUCUGGAUCUACUAUAGAAGCGAAUAUAUCUAUGCUGAUUAUUGCAGCUUUUCAAAUGAUUGGUAGUUUUAUCGGGCCUUUUAUGGUCGAAAGGAGCGGGAGGAAAGUUUUGUUAAUUGUCUCUAGUUGUAUAUGCUCUUUGGGAAUGUUCCUAUUAGGACUCUUCUUCUAUUUGGACCAUGUAGAGAAUCCUGUGAUUGAUAAAAUUAAGUGGGUUCCAUUGGCCGUGCUCAUAUUAUUUUUCAUUGGAUAUGAUGCUGGGUUGGGCAUAAUCCCAAACGCUCUGAUCGGCGAAAUGUUUACAACAAACGUAAGAAGCAAGGGUUCUGCAGUAGCCCUCACAUCUUCAUGGCUAGUCGGAUUUGUGGUCAUCACGAUUUUUGGCUCAAUCAUAGAAAGCUUAGGUUAUAUAGCAUUCUGGAUUUUUGCCGCUACGUGUCUUGGAGCUGUGUUUUUUACAAUAUUUUGCGUUUUGGAGACCAAAGGGAAAAGUUUGUUAGAGAUUCAAGAAUUACUAAGCAAAAAAUGAAUUUAAAAUAAUUAUAAUAGCCUAUAGUUCUUAAGAGGGCUCUCUCCGUCACUCGUUUCAUACAA